AUGGCACCAGGAUUCUCACCAGAGCAUAGGAACAAGAGACGGAAAAUAUCUACAGAUGGGAAUCAGCCUCCCACUAAUGGGGCGCUUGAAAUCGCAUCUCAUAAACAGCUUCAUGAUUUGCUCUUUUUUCGACAGGAUGCUAAAUUGGAUGCUCUUCGAGGCUUGAAUGCAUUCAAAGACUUUUUAUCAUCCAUCCAUCAAGCGGAGGUAGAAGCUGACAAGGAAAAAAAGUACCAAAUUCUGAAAACAUACUGCGAUUCGCAGAUCCCUAAACUCGAAGAUGGAGUGUGUCUCAGAGAUCUUCUCCAAACAUGGAAUUUUGCAGAAAGCUCUAAUCACGAGAAUAUCCUUGUGAUUGCCCCCUCGGUGCUCGCUCAACUCUUAAAAAUCAUUUCGACCAGACUUGAGUUUCGUGAAUUCGGCGUCAGUCUGUGCAAGGCCUUAAUGCAAAAGGAGCAAUUGCGCUUGAUUAACCGCAGUCUAUCAGCACCGAAAAUGAAGGAACAUUUGAUUAGUCCUUGUAUACGUUUACUCACUGAGAUUGUGAGUUUUGAUGGUGGUGCGAUUGCUCGAUUGGUUUAUUUGAAUCGGGAUAUUACAUACAAACGACUGGAGCAUUUCCUCACUCCCAGCAGGAGUCAAGUUGAGACGAUCUCGAGUACUAGCAAGAAAUCGACGCUUCGCAGGAAUGCGCAGCGAUAUGUUUUGGCGAAUAUACUUUUCCUUCAGGGCCCGGCAAAGGUCGACUUUAUCGAGCAGCAUAAAGUUAUAAGAGCUCUUUUGGAGUUUAUUCGACGUGAUCCACGUGAGCUUGUCGUUGAUAUUCUCAAGACGAUUGACCGAAAUGUCGCUCACGACAGCUCAAUUCCUCGAAUCACCAAAUCGAGAUUCUUUAAUAAAUGGAACUUGGAGCGGCUAGUCACUUUAUAUGGAUAUGAUAAGGAUAAUGAGGAGGAAGAGGAGUCAGAUAUUUCAAUCUCAACUGAGAUACAUAGGAUGCUGAUGCAGAUUUGCACUGUUUCUGAAAUGGGUGUCCUCUUGCCACAGAAUGGGUGGUAUCCGCCGUCGAGCGAUACCAGUCUUGAGAUCACUCAGGAUGAGAAUUAUAUCGAUCUCGGCCUAGAUGCACCUUUUUAUCAGGAUAAAUACAAGGAGACUGUCCCCGUACGAAACGGCGCAUUAUCCACCCUUGUUCAGGUCCUCCGUCCAGAAUCCGACACACUUCAGACGGAACUUUUGCUGGAGAUAUUCAAAGCUGCGCCUGAACUUGUGGCUGAUUUCUUCACCAAACGAUUUAUGUUCAUGGCUGAACCAAAAUCUAAUCCUACCUGGCUUGGCGAGUCUGCAUUCUUGUUCUCUACGGUUCAACUUCCUGUUCCGAAAAAUUUUUGUGGAAAGGAAGAGAACUUUGAACUUCCUCCCCCUGUUUCGAUUGCCAUUGAAAACGUAAUGCCUCGUCCACUCAACGCCAAGGUUUUGACAAGAUGCUUUAACCAAACCAGUGACCCGAUUGUGACAUUAUUCGCUGUUCGAAUUCUCACAGCCGCCCUUCGCAAGCUCCAGGUCGUCUUGAAGGGCUUCGAAAGAAACCAUGGUCGUUACCAGCCGCUUUGGGAACAAGCUGCGUCAAAGCUCACUAUGGAAUUCAUCGAGCGCUGUUCGCCUAUCAGAGAUGCCAUACUCACGUUCAGACGGACGGCAUCCGAAGACAUUCAGCAACAGGCAGCUGUGAUGGAGUUGAUCGCUGCGUAUCAUGAUGUGGUUCCCUCAAUCGCUACAGAAGAGAAUUUCGAUGUGACGCUCGUCAUGGUCAAGGUUCUGGAACAGUUGGAUGAUUCUAACCUUUCAGAAGACGAUUCGGAACCCGCGUUGAGUCUACUACAGAAUACGUUACAUAUUGCUCAUUGUUCUGCGUCGAUGCGCUGGUGGCACCAACCAGCAUCUUUUCCCUAUUCUGCUUUCACUUGUAUCUUGAAAGUGGCACUUAAGACAGGUGACGAGCCAUCCACCAAGGAAUUGCAGAAUCUAUUAGGCACUGUUUUAGUUGAGCAAGCGAUUCUAUCAAGCUCGACCGGGUCCUUUGAUGCUUUAGUGGCUAGUUUCAAGGAAUCUGACCCGGCAGAGUUGGCCGCCCCGUUACAGUUCUUGGACAACUGCCUUUGCCGCAUUGCGAAAAAGCCAGUUCAUUAUCAGGACCUUGCUACCAACCUGCUGCAGGACAACAGCGCGCCAUUGAGUCUCUUGGUUGUUGCCGUUCUGGAGCAAUGGCCAUUCAUUCUCAAAGGUAACGACGCCGAAAGAGAACAGUCGGUAGCUAAGUGGAUAGCUUUUUUGAUCAAGCGAUUGAAAGCGGCGGGAGAGGACAAGAAGGCUCUUAAGAAUGUACGAGACGGUCUGUGUGAGCUCUCGGAGACGAAAAAGACAAAGUCCAUAUUCAAGAAGGCGCUUAAGGGCGGCGACGAAAAGGAAGACGCUGGUGACGACCAUGAUAUGGAGGAUGUUCAAUCCCGUGAGCAACUAAAACAAAACACCACUUCUGAUGCUGGACUCGAACUUCUAGACAUUUUCGGUCAUCUUCCGAAGGAAAGUAAAGAUCACAUGGGGCUGUAUAAGUGGGAAAAGGAAGAAAUCGAUGCUGCGAUCGAGCAGGGCCGUGUUAGCGAUCUCUUGUUGUGUUUGCAUUCUGAGCAUGAGGAGAUUCGACGUCAGGCAUUUGCUGCCAUUUCUCGUCUCAUGAUUAAGCUGAAGGACUCGAAUUAUACUGAGUGGAGAGCGGUCUACCUUCUUCUAGGAGAGAUACGAGAAACGGUAAAUCAACUAGGCUUCGAGACUAGUCUACCUACUGUCGCUGGACAAUGCGGUGUUGCUUGUCUGAUGGUUCUCAACGACCCCUUGCACAAAAUGUAUGGCAAGGUCAAUCGGUAUCUUCAAAGACGGCCCUGGUGGGAGGUAGAAAAGAUCCCAUCAUAUUGGAUCGACCAGAUCCUGCUACAUCAACCUGAAGAUGACGAAGGACACUCCGAUGAGGUGAAUUGGCUAUUGGACAUGCUAGUAAAUGGCCUUCAAACACCACAGGACCUCAACAUUUACCGCCGCGCAAACGUAUUCGAGCAUAUCCUGUCACUUUACAAUGCGCCGUCCACCAAUACGGCAAUGAAGAAGAAAGUGCUCCAUCUCCUAUUCCGAGCCACACAGGUCGGUGGUGGUACGACACUGAUAACCCGCGCUGCAGCUCUCAGCUGGAUCCAGAGCUGCGUGGCCAGUUCCGAUGCGUAUGCGACUCUGUUGAAAGAAUUGGCACAGGCGAUUUAUGAAUCUAGUGAUCAUGAGAGAGUGGGUAAUUGGAGCGGUCGGGCGAUAUCUGCGAUAGUCGGGGGGAUGAGUUGA